GUCCCACAGUUGAUCACAGCAGUUGAAGUGACGAACAUGUCUACGGAGAUACUUCUAUUGAUCGCCACUUUGGCGAUCAUUUUCUAUAUAUGGCAAAGGCGUACAUACAAUUUCUGGGAGCGUUUAGGAAUUAAACAAAUUAAACCCUCGCCAAUUUUCGGUAAUAUGCGCAGAUUUCUGACUGCCAAAGUGUCGUUCUAUGAGCAGAUCAAAUUGUUACACAACACGCCCGGAUUUGAAAAGGAGCCGCUUAUCGGAGUUUAUCUAUUACAUCGUCCUGGUGUAGUUCUAAGGGAUCUGGAGCUCAUCAAGACGGUUAUGAUCAAAAAGUUCAAUUAUUUUACCAAUCGUGCUCUACAAACCGAUCCGCAUCAUGAUCCUCUUGGGUAUAACAAUCUAUUCUUUGUGCGUAAUCCCGAUUGGAAGGAUUUGCGUAGUAAGAUCUCGCCGGUCUUCACCAGUGGAAAGAUUAAGCAAAUGUAUCCACUGAUGAUUGAGAUAGGCAAAAAUCUCGAGAAUCAUUUGGAAAGAUUACCUGUUGAUUCCAUGAUUGCCAUCAAAAAUACUUGCGCUCGAUUUACAACAGAUCUUAUAGCAACACUUGCAUUUGGAAUAAACGCGAAUUCUCUGAGUGAUGUAAACAGCGAAUUCUUUAAGAAUAAUAUGGGUAUAUUCGAGGUUAGUUUGAGUCGCGGCUUUGACUUUAUGAUUAUCUUUAUGUUACCUGCACUGGCAACGUUGACGCGUGUCAAGGCCUUCUCGAAAAACACCUCAAACUUCGUGCGACGCAGCAUUAGUUAUGUUCUAGCGGAGCGAGAAAAGUCGGGAUUGGUACGCAAGGAUCUGGUCGAUGUAUUGCUGGCCAUGAAGCGUGAGGCAGUCGCUGAGCCUGAUAAUAAGGCCAAUCAAUUGGACUAUCUUGUUGCACAAGCAGCCAUUUUCCAGUCAGCUGGUUUUGAGACGAGCUCAUCCACCAUGACAUUGACACUCUUUGAAUUGUCGCACAACACGGAGAUUCAAGAUCGUUUGCGGCAGGAAAUCAAGGAUUACUUUGGAGACGAGGAUCACAUUGAUUAUGAACGCAUUCAGGAGAUGCCAUAUCUCACCCAGGUGGUAAAUGAGACUCUACGCAAGUAUCCCAUUGCCGGCUAUGUGGAACGGGAGUGCAUACAACCCUCAAGUGGUGAGCGGUUCACAUUGGCACCCUACUACAAUGUGGAGCUACCCUCUGGCACUCCCGUCUAUGUUUCCACCCUCGCUAUACAUCGUGAUGAGCGAUACUGGCCGGAUCCUGAGAAAUAUGAUCCGGAACGUUUUGCACCAGAGAAUCGUAACAAUCUGAACAUGGACGCCUAUAUGCCUUUUGGCAUUGGUCCUCGUAACUGUAUUGGCAUGCGUCUGGGCUUAUUGCAAAGUAAAUUGGGUCUGGUUCAUUUGUUACGCAAUCAUCGAGUGCAUCGUUGCGAAAAGACUGUAAAGUCUAUCCAAUUUGCUCCCAUGUCUAUAGUACUCAUAUCGAAAGAUGAAAUCUUUCUGAAACUAGAAAGGGUCUAAACAGUUCCAAUCUUUGUGAGAUUUAUGCUCCUCAUUAAGUCUAUUAUUAACUAAUAUUUUGUAUCAAAAAGCUGUUAAAAAUUGAGCAUGUCAAGUUUUAAAAAUGUUCUGUCUCUUUACUUAGGUGUUAGAGAAAUAAAUUUUAUUGAAACUAA